CUCUCGCUUCAUCAUACCCCGUAUUUCAAAAUGCCUCCCCGACUACUGAGCGAUAAGAAAAGUGCCACUACUUAUCAACUCUUCCACCGAUCCCAGAACGACCCCCUCAUCCACGACCCCGAAGCCGAUGAUCGUGUUCUCCAUGCUGUGUACGGACCGCCUCCAUCUGAUCCGUCUAGUUCCUCGAAAGAUGCGCGCUCCAAGAACCUGAACGAUCUCGCGGGUGAAUUCGGAUCAGAACGCAUUCGAACUAACGAGGGCGAGGCCGCCAACUAUGGCGUCUACUAUGACGACUCCAAAUAUGAUUACAUGCAGCAUUUGCGCGAGUUGGGCACGGGGGGUGGUGACUCGUAUUUUGUCGAAGCCAACACAAAGGGGAAAGACAAGCCGAAGUCGAUGAAGUUGGAGGAUGCACUGCGCCAGGCAUCGCUAAAUGAUGAUGAUGAUGACGACGAGGUCAGGAGCACCUGGGAUGGCCGCAGCACUGCAAGUUAUGCAUAUGGAGCUGCCUCGACUGCCUCCUCUUUCGUCCGCAAACCGACCUACCAGGACCAACAAAACGUUCCAGAUGCCAUUGCGGGGUUCCAGCCAGACAUGGACCCCCGCCUUCGGGAGGUCCUGGAGGCUCUCGAGGAUGAAGAAUAUGUCGAUGGAGACGAUGGCGACGACGUAUUUGGUCAGCUGACAUCCAACGCUGAGGAAAUGGACGCUGGUGACUGGGAGGAUACUAUAUUCGAUCACGAUGAGGAAGACGAUGGAUGGGAGUCCGACGCCACCGAGAAGGCUCCCAAUCAACCAAACACCACGGAUGCAAAGCUUCAUGCAACAUUAGAAGCGGAGUCACUGGCUCCUGGUGAGCUUCCCAGCCAUGAUGUCCCAGCGCCGGACAUGGACCCAGAGGACCAGAGUUGGAUGCGCGAGUUCGCCAAGUUCAAGAAGGCAGGCAAGCCCCAAGCAACGCCCGCUGCCGCCCCUAGUGUUGUCCCCUCCGAACAGCGCAGCACCCUAGCAUCCACUGUCUUCACUGUGGGAGGAACCCCCAUCCGCCGAAAGAAGCGCAAGGGUGCCCUCACAAACCCAUCUGCAUAUUCCAUGACCUCGUCCUCCAUAGCCCGCACAGAAGGGCACCGCCUGCUCGACGACCGCUUCGAGCGAGUGGAGGCCCUCUACUCCCUAGAUGAAGAGGACGAAUUCGAUGACUCCAUGUCCAUGGUCAGCGGUAUGACCGGGAUGACCGGCAUGAGCGCAAUCUCCACCGCCUCCUCCCAAGCCCCAAGUCUGAUCGACGCCAACGGCAACGCCGUCGCCCCACGCCACGACUUCAACAACAUCAUGGACGACUUCCUGGCCGGAUGGGACGGCAAGACUGGCGCUCAGGCAAAGCGCAAGGGCGCUAAAGCCAAGCGAGGCAAAAACGGUAACGAGACCAUAGGUAUCCAGAUGUUGGAUGAAAUUCGACAAGGGCUUGGUCCAGCUCAUCUUUCGGGGCAGGUUCCUGGCCGGGCUUGAUGAUUUGCUGUCAUUUCUUGUUCUUCUCUUUCCUUUCUUCCCCCC